AUGCCUUUGCGCUGGGCAGCAGGUGGUUUCUACCUGUGCUUCAGUCUUCAGUCCAGCAGCGCCUCUGCUGCAUGCGAUUCUUCCAGGAUUACGGCUGUGGCAGACACAGGGUCACCAUUCUUGCUGGUAGCGAAGUGCCUGCGCUCGGAUUGCAAAACAUACUGCGCAGAGGUGGGCUGCUUCGAGGGACAAGGUUCUCCGAGCGGUGAAGCUGACAGUAUGGAAGGAUAUGCUUCUGGACUUGUUGAGGUGGCCUGGCGCACAAACGGAAAGGUUUCCUUCCCGGGUGCUUCCCGUGGAGAUGCCCUGGAGCUUCAGAACAUGCGGUUUGGCGUGCAGGGUCGUGUCAUCGGCUUCGGAGGAACUGGAAAAGCGGUCUUUUUCGGUCUUAUUCGCGAUCACAUGUCAGACAUCAAGACAAGCUUUCUGGAGCAAACACCGUUUCAGUCCUUGGUCAUUGAUCUUCGAGCUCCUGGUGCAGAGAAGCUUGUACUGUCACCAAUGCCUAUGGCUGGGCCCAUGGCAGGGCGUCCAUCUUCUCGGAUCAAGCUGGCAGAUCCGCGCAGGUGGGGAGACCCUGUCAAGCACUACUGCGCGGUUGUCAAGAUGAUAAGUGUGGGCGGUCGAGUCGUGCCAUCCAACAGCAGCUCUGAGCCACGAAAGGUGCUUGCAAUCUUUGACACUGGAACUACUGGGGUGUCAAUGACGCCAGGCUUGUAUGAGUCGUACUGGCUUAUGGCGCAGACGGCAGCACAAGAUGGACUGGGCUGGUCACAGGCUCGCAAACUGAAGGUGUUCUUCGACAGCACCUCUGGUUCUGAUGUGGCCUUCGACAUGUACACAGGCAAGCAUCCAAGCUAUGGGAUUGGCCUGGACCUUGUAACGCCAAUCAAUGAGAUGGCUUGGGUGGGCGUCGGCCCUGCAGAGUCCAUUGCCAACUACAAAGUACCUGGAGGAGUUCCAGAGCAGCAACCUUUCGAGGACGUCAUGCUGCUGGGGCUCGGCUUUCUGAUUGGCAAGUGUAUAGCCAUCGACACGAAGAUGGAUGAGCUGGCAGUGGUUGAGUAA